GUGCUACGUCAUCAGCAGGCGCCAGCGCCGCUUAGUACAGUCUCGGCAAGGUCGCUUGGUCGCAGGGAAAGGGAAUUGGUGUCCUAGUGGGUCUCUGCGACCCGAUCCCAUUUGUUCUAGGCGGCGAGAUCGAGGAGAUGUCGGGGUACACGCCCGACGAGAAGCUGCGGCUGGAGCAGCUGCGCGCCCUGAGGAGACAGUGGCUGAAGGACCAGGAGCUGAGCCCCCGGGAGCCCGUGCUGCCCCCGCAGAAGGCUUGGUCGGGCUUCUGGGAUAACUUCCUGAAGACCGACUCCAUCUGGAGGGGAUUUGUUUUUAAGACAUACCGAAAGGGAAUGUUCCUUUUUGCUAAUUUCCUUGUACCAGCCUGGAUUAUUCACUAUUAUGUCAAAUACCAUGUACAAACAAAGCCAUAUGGCAUCGUUGAAAAGAAACCCAGAAUAUUUCCAGGUGAUAAAAUUCUGGAGACUGGAGAAGUGAUUCCACCAAUGAAAGUUUGUGAUAUACAUGAUUAUCAUUAAAAAAAAAAGCUCCUAACAA